AGCACUUAAGGGGGAAACGACAUUCUUCACAGUUGAUCAGAAAAUAGAUGAAAUUAACAAAGGAGGAUGGGCAGGCUUUUUUGAUGCCAAAACUUUGCUAAAGCAAAGACUCCUGAGCUGCGAGCAGCCAGACUGGGUGUGAAAGACAGGCAGAAGUGGAGGAUGGGAGUGGAGAGAGACUCGGGCUGUGAGUAGAACGGGGAAAACACAGAGGCCUUUAAAAUAAGAACGAGCAGCUAACUUUGCCCAAGAUGUUGAACUGAGCAGGACAUCAGCAAUAUAUAGGGAUGUGGUGUUUUAUUUGGUCGUGGUUUAGUGAAGAGGAAGAGGAUAUUACUUCCUAAAAUGAGGCAACAGUGGUAACAUGCACAGAAUGGGGUCUUGAGAAGCAAUGGCCACAGAAGCCCCUGUGAACAUAGCACCACCUGAACGCAGCGCUGCCGUCAGCUCUGCAGCUGACAGCUUCGUUUGGCAGCCAAACUCACUAAACAUGCACGUCACAAGGCCCAAGUCUGCCAAGGGACGGACACGGCGGAGUCUGCACAAAUCCCAGGGCACAGAGGUGUGCUCUCACCUCAUACCGUCUUCUCCGCCUCCAGCCAUUCCCUGUGAGUCGCCAAGCAGCCAAAAGCCAGUAGCUUGUGCACCCAAAUCUCCAAAACAGGGAGCUUUGGAUGAGAUCCCUGAGUCGCUGCUGCAGCAAGUGUUUCUUGGGGCUUCCUCUUCUCUCAAUAAAUACCCCGUCCUUCCUUCCAUCAGCAGGAAGACCCUGGAGGAGGGGGCUGUGGAGACAGUAGCUGAGCAGGCCAGCUCACUGCAACUGAGCAGCAUCCGGGCUCUUUACCAAAAGGAGGCCUGCACCUUGAAGACAAGUGAAGAAGCUUCCAGAGCUCCAGCUUGUGCCUUGGAGAGGAAAUUCAUCAUGCAAACCAAGAGACAGGACUCCUCCUGGCCCAGAAACCUGGAGGAACCAUCAGACCAAGAACCAAGGCUGCUGCUUGCCGUCAGAUCACCAUCAGGCCAAAGGUUUGUACGGUAUUUCCGGCCAACUGAUGAUUUGCAAACCGUUGUUGCUGUGGCGGAACAAAAGAACAAAACCUCCUAUCGACACUGCAGCAUCGAAACCAUGGAGGUGCCCAGGAGAUGUUUUUCUGACCUCACCAAAUCUCUCCAAGAGUGCAGAAUCCCCCACAAGUCGGUGCUGGGCAUCUCGCAGGAAGACGUGGAGGGGUGGCCCUGAGUCCACAGCCACCCAGCUGGGGUCCUGGGUCUCUGAGCAAGGAGCAUGCUUGGGUGCUGUGGCCUCCCAAGCAGCCCGGUUCCAAGUGCCAUAUGGACCUGGUGCAGCUGGGAUCCUUGGGACUUUUGUCUCCAUAGCACACCCUCUGCAGCAGUGACAUCUGCACCUGCGCCGAGUGCGCUAAGAAGAUUCCCUUCCAGCCGUUCCAUUCCCUCCGCCACAGGAGUGAACUGCAAGUUACCAAGGCUCUUCCUAAAACAGCUAUGGCCACAACUUCUCCUCUCCAGAGUUUUGGGUCCUUCUAAAACAACGGUCCCUUCUGGAGCUCCUGCUUGCCUCUGCAAUGAACUCUGAUUCUCUCCAAGCCAGUGGUUUGCCUUUCUAUACCUGAUGCAGGAUUAAACACAUCCCAAGAGGAUUCUAGUUUGGUAAAUAACCAGGGUUUUAGAAAUAUCUAACUUGCAUUUGUAUUUCUUGCAAGUCUCUUUAAGAACCAGGCAGUUGACCCUGCCUUUGGAAGCAGCCCCUUUGCCGAGCUUCGGUGGUCGGAGUUUCUUGGGGAUUACUAUUUGUGUGAGGUGGCAUCAAAGAGAAGAAUGGGUCUUCUUCUGUCCCAACAUCUCAACAUUUCUAGAAUAGUCCUAGGGCUUCCAAGACGAUGGAUGUGCAGAAUUGUUCUAAAACUGGAAAAGCCAGUGUAAACUGAUUUCUUUUGCUUUCGUCAGUAAUGGAGUCUUUUGUUUUUAAAAUGCACAGAGGCAUAAGUCUGUGCAGGUUUGUGCUAAUGGCCCCCUGGGUUUAGCUGGGUAUGGAUCAAUUGUUUCAUUCCCCAGUUUCAAUGUCUCACCUACUUCACACACGGAAGGUCCUUUGGAGCAAUGCCCCGUUCUCUGAUUUAGAAUCUUCUGGAGGAGGAGGGUCCUCGGUUCGGUGUCACUUUGCUGUCCCUGCGCUGAGAGACUGUGUGCCCAAGCGCCUGGUUGACUGGCAUGAAACGCAUCUGACUACUUUAGCUUGCGCUGCUGUGAAGACCACGGAGUCCUGUUUGUCCAACUCUGAGGUGGUGAUGUGGACAAUUUGCCAAAGUUCUCUCGUACUACAAGUGCAGCCGACCUCCCACGACUCACCCGGAUCGCCUGUGUGGCCAAAUCGUCAUUCAGAGUAGGGAACACUCAGACAUUCUGGGCACCGUGACCCCCAGAGCCCGGCCAUCACAAAGCCCUGAGUCCUGGUACGUGCCUCCACCUCCUAGGUACACAGAGACGGCAGGAAUCAGGGCUUCUAGAAGCAUAUCAAUGUUGCUCCCUCAGCAACAAGUGCAUUUUGUGCACAGAUAAGGCAUGCGGUUAGAAACGUUACUUCUAGCACACUGAUACCUCGCAGUGGAGAUUAGCACCGCAGCCAUUUGCUGAGAAGAAGGCUUGCCUUGCCCUGACUGCGUCCCUCACCACGCAGAUCACUCCGCAAUAGGUCAUUUCUGAAUAUCUUACAAAAUUUCUUCAUACCAUCCUGGUUUGGUCAGCCGCUCCUUUGGAAAGGUCGGCUGGGGCUGGCAGUGCCUUGGGCAGGCCCACACAACUGGCCGCCUCUCCCAGUUACUGACCACAGCAGGAGAACUUGAGCCUGGUGCCAACAGGACGGAAAUUUCACCACCCACCAACUCAACCACGCAUCUCUGCCUCUGAUCUGGGAGGCUGGGGGAGGAGCCUCCCAUAAAAUCACACCUACUCUGUGGUAAGAAUAAAAUCCCACCCACCUGGGACUUGGUAAUUUUUUCCAGACGGGAAAGCUUUAGAAAACUUGAGCAAAAUGGAGCAUGCUUGAAAGAGUUAGAAUCUUUCUGCACUUAGGAGUUUGUUGCUGCUAUUUAGCUUAGAAUUUUGGGUGGUGAAAAAAAAUGGAAGGCAUGAAACACAGAAAUAUCUUAAGAUAUUUUAGGAUAUAUGAAAAAAGCUAGAUUUGAACCAUCAUAAUAAACUUUUUUUUUUUUGGACAAAAGAUGAUGAUACUAACAAUAAAAACCAAUUUGUGUGAAACUGGGUAGAGAAGCGCCUCUUGUGUUUUAGCCUAAGACUCCAACUACCACACACGACUGGACAGAGGGUGUGUUAACCUGAUUGUCAGGUUUCUCCCUGGGAAGGCACUUGGUGUCCUGUUAGAAACAAGUCCUCUCCCCAGACACUGCACAAAGCCUGCUGUUCCUGCUCUCAGCUUCUGUCGUAGCACUUAGCUUGUCUGUACGGGAAGAGUCUUCUGAACUUUUCCUAAAAGUCAUUCCAAGUACUCCAGUAUGGAGGAUUGGUAAGCACAGACUAUAUCAGAACUCAGAGUUCUUGAUGGCUGUACAUGUGGUGUUGCCACUCAGGCGCCCUGGCCUACAUGGGCUCAACUGGCCCAGCACACUAAUCUUGGUGGCCCUGGGUAGUCCAGCCUUGCCCACUUUGUGGUCACAGACCCCAAUCAUUCAUUUUACUGAUGGUCAUUGAGGGCCUACCUGCCACACUUGGUGGCAAGCUUUGGCACCCUAGCAAGAGAGUAUUGGCAAGAAAAUAUGGAACCAACACUGGAUUCUCAACUCAAACCCUACUGCAGUCAGUGGCUUACAGCUUUAGCCAUGAAGGACCCCAGAGUGAGGCUCACACUGUAUCAUUACUGGGUCAUCUCCCCACCUGGAAAUGCGAAGGAAACUCUUGCCCAUCUUUUCUGGUGAUGGUACUAGGAAGCCUGCUCAUUAGGGAUGUGAACUUUGCAUAGGACAAAGCUUCAUGAAAAGUUAUUCCAGUAUAUUCCCUGAUGAAGUCCAAUAGGUAAAUUAGUCUUGGCAGCAGAAGGAACAGCAGUAGAAAUAAGUGACUCAUCAUCUAGAAUCCAAAAAAUUUGCAACAACAGAUGGCAGGUGGUUUUAACACAACAGUCCUUGCCCUGAAAGUACCUGGGGACCCAGCCAACAGCCGUCAAGCCAGUGCAGUCCUGCAGAAGAGAUGGCCUGUGAACAUCACUGUGGGCCCAGAGCUUCGCACAAAAUGCUUCCCAAACUGAGAGCAGCCUUGAGGAGUACCAUUCCAGUUAGUAGCCUUAAAGACUAGGGACAGAUCACCCAAAUUUCAAAAGGAGGCAUUUGAGGAACUAAACUUUGCUUUUGUUCGUGCUCUUACCUGCCAUUUUAAAUGGAAUUCUAAUGUCAAAUAAAGCCACCUUGCCCCAUGGGCCAAAGAAGUUUCGUUUUACACCGUUUUUUAUUAAGGUCUUCUUAAUAAGGUGAU